AUGCCGCCUUUGCGUUACCGUACAGAUUGUCCACAUGAGCCUGACGACGUCUUGAAUGUAAGGUCUGGAGGCUUGAACAAGCCGAGAAGCAUCGCGACUCAAAUUCCGGCCUCGUGGCUACCCAGAGCCUUCAUCCCGAUGAUGCUCACCAGUUUCAAACCAAGAAGGCGACGUCGAACACCGUCAAGUAUCCGAGACUACGUAGCUUCCACAGCCAAACACUGA